AUGGUCAAGAACCUGGUUGAAAAGGGCCCUCUCUCCAAGCCGCUGAUAGUCUAUAACAGGACGCAAUCCAGAGCUAUCGACCUUGCAAAGACUCUGUCCCAGCAGAUAAUCCCAGUAUCCACUGUCAAAGAGGCGGUGGAACGCUCUACUAUCAUAUUCAUCUGCCUUGGUGAUGACCCUGCUGUCGAAAUUACCAUCGAUACUGCAAUGAACUCAACAGACGUCAAAGGUAAACUGUUUGUUGACUGCUCUACAGUUCACCCUGAUACAACCAGGCGUCUGGCCCAGCUCCUCGAAUCUGCAGGUGCUUCCUUCACUGCUUGUCCUGUAUUUGGAGCGCCGUCGGCCGCGGAGGCAGGUCAACUUGUCUGUGUUCUUGCCGGGCGCAAGGAAUCCGUUGACAGGGUCAAGCCAUUCUGUACCGGCGUGAUGGGCCAUGCCAUCAUCGAUAUGUCUACAACAUCAGAGGACCCAGGAAAGGCAUCCAUGUUAAAAGUCCUUGGCAACAGCGUGAUAUUCCGGAUGGUUUCUGCAGUUUCUGAAAGCCUGGUUGUUGCUGAGAAGUCUGAACUUGGUGUCGAUGCACUACAUUCCUUCCUUGAACUCGUCUUCCCAGGGGCAGCUGUGGCUUAUGCGAACCGGAUGAUAUCUGGCCUGUAUCACACACUAGAGGAACCCCGUUUUGCAGUCGACUUGGCGCAGAAAGAUACAAGGCAUGCCAUGGAUAUGGCGAAGGCUGUAGGCGCCAGGAUGAAAGGGGUGGAGGUGCUGGAUGAAGCAUUGCAGGCUGCCAAGGCUCGUUCAGGAGCAAAGGGAGAUUUGUCUGCCAUCUACGGUGUCGCAAGGGAGGAUGCUGGGUUGAAAUUUGAGAACAAUUAG